AUGGACUGGAUAGAGAACCAUGGCGAAGCCUUCCUCAGCAAGCACACGGGCGUGGGCAAGUCUCUCCACCGCGCCAGGGCCCUGCAGAAACGCCAUGACGACUUUGAGGAGGUGGCACAGAACACCUACACCAACGCUGACAAGCUGCUGGAGGCAGCAGAGCAGCUGGCCCAGACGGGAGAGUGUGACCCCGAGGAGAUCUACAAGGCAGCCCGCCACCUGGAGGUCCGCAUCCAGGACUUUGUCCGACGGGUGGAGCAGAGGAAACUGCUGCUGGACAUGUCUGUCUCCUUCCACACACACACCAAGGAGCUGUGGACCUGGAUGGAGGACCUGCAGAAGGAGCUGUUGGAGGAGGUGUGUUCGGACUCGGUGGACUCGGUCCAGGAGUUGAUCAAGCAGUUCCAGCAGCAGCAGACCGCCACCUUGGAGGCCACGCUCAACGUCAUCAAGGAGGGAGAGGACCUCAUACAGCAGCUCAGGGACGCCGCCAUGUCGACCAACAAGACGCCCCACAACAGCUCCAUCGCCCACAUCGAGGGCGUGCUGCAGCAGCUGGACGAGGCCCAGGGCCAGAUGGAGGAGCUGUUCCACGAGCGCAAGAUCAAGCUGGACAUCUUCCUGCAGCUACGCAUCUUUGAGCAGUACACCAUCGAGGUGACGGCAGAGCUGGAUGCGUGGAACGAGGACCUGGUGCGCCAGUUGAGCGACCUGAGCGGCGAGGACCUGAGCCUGGCGGAGCAGAGGCUGCAGCGCCACACGGAGCGCAAGCUGGCCAUGAACAACAUGACCUUCGAGGUGAUGCAACAGGGCCAGGACCUGCACCAGUACAUCAUGGAGGUCCAGGCCUCAGGUAUUGAGCUGACGGGGGAGAAGGAGGUGGACCUGGCCACGCAGGUGCAGGAGCUCUUGGAGUUCCUGCAUGAGAAGCAGCAGGAGCUGGACGUCAGUGCAGACCACACCCACAAGAGGCUGGAGCAGUGUCUGCAGCUACGCCACCUGCAGGCCGAGGUCAAACAGGUUCUAGGCUGGAUCCGUAACGGAGAGUCCAUGUUGAACGCGAGCAUGGUGAACGCCAGCUCUCUGUCUGAGGCAGAACAGCUGCAGAGGGAACACGAACAGUUCCAACUGGCCAUCGAGUCUCUGUUCCAUGCCAACUCGCUCCAGAAGACCCACCAGAGUGCCCUGCAGGUGCAGCAGAAGGCCGAGGUGAUGUUGCAGGCGGGACACUUCGACCCGGACGCUAUCCGUGGCUGUGCUGAGAAGGUGGCCAUGCACUGGCAGCAGCUCAUGCUGAAGAUGGAGGACAGGCUGAAGCUGGUCAACGCUUCCGUUGCCUUUUACAAGACCUUCCGGCAGGUGUGCAGUGUGCUGGAAAGCCUGGAGCAGGAGUACAGGAGGGAUGAGGACUGGUGCGGCGGCCAUGACAAGCUGGGAGCCUUGGCUGAGACCGACCACGCUCCUCUCAUCAGCAAGCACCUGGAGCAGAAGGAGGCCUUCCUCAAGGCAUGCACGCUGGCCAGAAGGAACGCAGAGGUGUUUUUGAAGUACAUCCACAGGAACAACGUCAGCAUCCCCGGAGCGGGCCGCCACGCCCGAGGACCUGAACAGCAGGUCAAAGCUAUCCUGAAUGAGCUGCUGCAGAGGGAGAACCGGGUUCUGCAUUUCUGGACCCUGAAGAAGAGACGCCUGGACCAGUGCCAGCAGUAUGUGGUGUUUGAACGCAGUGCCAAACAGGCUCUAGACUGGAUCCAGGAGACUGGGGAGGUGUACCUCUCCACACACACCUCCCCAGCAGACAGCAGCGAGAAGACCCAGCAGCUACUCAAGGAGUACGAGGAGUUCAGAGUCUCCGCCAAGCAAACAAAGGAGAAGGUGAAGAUUCUGAUCCAGCUGGCGGACAGCUUCGUGGAGAAGGGCCACGUCCACGUGACCGAGCUGAAGAAGUGGGUGACCACAGUGGACAAGCGCUACCGGGACUUCUCCCUCCGCAUGGGCAAGUACCGCUCGGGCCUGGAGAAGGCCCUGGGCAUCAGCUCAGAGGAUAACAAGGACCUGGAGCUGGACAUUAUCCCUGCCAGUCUGACGGACCGUGAGGUGAAAUUACGUGACCCCAAUCAUGAGGUCAACGAGGAGAAGAGGAAGUCUGCCAGGAGGAAAGAGUUCAUCAUGGCAGAACUCCUCCAGACUGAGAAGGCCUAUGUCAGAGACCUCCAUGAAUGUUUAGAGACAUACCUGUGGGAGAUGACCAGUGGCGUUGAGGAGAUCCCUGCUGGCAUCCUCAACAAGGAGCACAUCAUCUUCGGCAACAUCCAGGAUAUCUAUGACUUUCAUAACAACAUCUUUCUGAAAGAGUUGGUGAACUAUGAGCAGCUCCCAGAGGAUGUGGGUCACUGUUUCGUCACCUGGGCUGACAAGUUUCACAUGUACGUCAACUACUGUAAGAACAAGCCUGACUCCAGUCAGCUGAUCCUGGAGCAUGCUGGGAGCUUCUUUGAUGAUAUUCAGCAGAGGCAUGGACUGGCCAACUCUAUCUCGUCCUACUUGAUCAAGCCUGUCCAGAGGAUCACAAAGUACCAGCUUCUCCUUAAGGAGCUGCUGACCUGCUGUGAGGAAGGGAAGGGAGAGAUCAAGGAUGGGCUGGAAGUGAUGUUGAGCGUCCCCAAGAGGGCCAACGAUGCCAUGCACAUCGCCAUGCUGGAAGGGUUUGAUGAGAACCUGGACAGGCAGGGAGAGCUCAUCCUUCAGGACACCUUCCAGGUGUGGGACCCCAAGUCCCUGAUCAGGAAGGGCCGCGACCGACACCUCUUCCUGUUUGAGAACUCUCUGGUCUUCAGCAAGGACAUCAAGGACUCCGCAGGACGCACCAAAUAUGUCUUCAAGAACAAGCUCCUGACCUCUGAGCUGGGGGUGACAGAACACAUAGAAGGAGACCCCUGCAAGUUUGCUCUCUGGGCUGGCAGGACCCCCUCAUCUGACAACAAGACUGUCCUCAAGGCGUCCAACGUGGAGGCGAAGCAGGAGUGGAUCAAGAACAUCCGGGAGGUGAUUCAGGAAAGGAUCAUCCACCUGAAGGGGGCGCUCAAGGAGCCCAUCCACAUGCCCAAGACCCCCGCCAAGCCACGCAACAACAGCAAGAGGGAUGGUGGUGAGGAUGCAGACAGCCAGGGAGAUGGAAGCAGCCAACCAGACACCAUCUCCAUCGCCUCCCGCACCUCCCAGAACACUGUGGACAGCGACAAGCUCUCCGGCGGGUGUGAGCUGACCGUGGUGCUGCAGGACUUUGCGGCGAGCUGCUCCAACGAGAUGAGCCUUCAGACGGGUCAGACGGUGGAGCUUCUGGAGCGUCCCAGCGACCGGCCCGGCUGGUGUCUGGUCCGGACGACCGAGAAGGUCCCCCCCCAGGAGGGCCUGGUCCCCAGCAGCGCCCUCUGCAUCUCUCACUCCCGCAGCAGCGUGGAGAUGGACUGCUUCUUCCCCUCAGGGAAAGAGAAUUACUCCGUGAGUGGUUCCGAGCCCAAGACAGAGUCUGUAGCCAACCUGCAGCCCCAGGCCUCUCUCACCUCCAUCCAGUCCAGCUCCCCAGGGCCCAAGCGCUCAGGGAACACCCUGAAGAAGUGGCUGACCAGCCCUGUGAGGCGCCUCAGUCAGGGCAGCGGUGUCAAGAAGUUCCCAAACAAGCCAAAAACAAAGAGGGAGGACAGACGGAAGAGCAUGGACCUGGGCCCGCCUGAGCUCACCCUGCAGGACGAGAGUGCAGAGGAGAGAGGCAGGAAGGAGGGCACGCUCUCCAAGUCCUCGUCCGGGGUGCCGAGCGGAGGGGAGGAGGAGCCGGAGGACGACGCCCACACACCCCUGCCGCCUCCGAUGGAGAUCAUCAAGGACCCCUCUGCCCAGGACGAGAAGUCCUCGGCGUUGCUAAGCGCACGCCAGGCGUCCGCUGAGGUGCCUAGUGCUGCAGAGCUUGUCAGUGCUAUUGAGAAACUGGUCAAAACCAAAAUGACCCUGGAGCCAGGGAACUACCCCAGCUUCGCCUCCCUGACCCCCCCAGAGCAGACCCCCACCCAGCCCAGGAACCCCGAGCUGGAACAGAGGGCCAAGGCCAUGAGAGGACGCAUGUUUGUGCUCAAUGAGCUGAUACAGACAGAGAAGGACUACGUGAAGGACCUGGGCAUCGUAGUAGAGGGGUUCAUGAAGAAAAUAGAGGAGAAGGGAGUUCCAGAGGACAUGAAAGGAAAGGACAAGAUUGUGUUUGGGAAUAUUCACCAGAUCUACGACUGGCACAGAGAUUUCUUUGUUGGGGAGUUGGAAAAAUGUCUUGAAGACAAUGAGCACCUGCCGGAGCUCUUCAUUAAACACGAGAGGCGCCUCUACAUGUAUGUUGUCUACUGUCAGAACAAGCCCAAGUCGGAGUUCAUUGUAGCAGAGUACGACACAUUCUUUGUGGGCAUACAACAGGAAAUUGCAUCACGCCUAGGCAUCAGUGACUUCCUGAUCAAACCCAUUCAGAGAAUUACAAAGUACCAGCUUCUUCUAAAGGACUUUCUAAAGUACAGUUCCAAGGCUGGAAUAGACUGCCAAGAAAUUGAGAAAGCGGUGAAUCUGAUGUCCCAGGUCCCAAAACUUUGCAACGACAUGAUGAACUUGGGCCGAUUACAAGGCUACGAGGGGAAGCUGACGAGCCAGGGCAAGCUGCUGCAGCAGGAGACCUUCUAUGUGACGGAGCAGGAUACGGGCGUCCUGUCCCGCAGUAAAGAGCGACGCGUCUUCCUCUUUGAGCAGAUCGUCAUCUUCAGUGAGCUCCUGAGGAAAGGCUCGUCCACCCCGGGCUACCAGUUCAAAAAGAGCAUCAAGGUGAGCUUCCUAAGCCUGGAGGAAAAUGUAGAUAACGACCCAUGUAAGUUCAUCAUGUCCUGCCGUGGGUCAUCCGAGCGUUUCACGCUGCAGGCAGCCAACCUGGAGAUCAAGCAAGUGUGGGUGCAGCACAUCAACACAGUGCUGGAUGCCCAGAGUAACUUCCUUUCCGCCCUGCAGUCUCCUAUAGAGUAUCAGAAGGAGAAGGGGGGGUCCCACUCCCUGACCAGGAACGCGUCAGGCAGCAGCCGUCCCUCCCAGGACAAAAGUCGACCCCACUCCUCCUCCUCAGUAGGGGCAGAGAAGCCGCCCCUCACCGGGCGCACCUCCACCCCUCUGAAGAUAUCUACCUCCAAUGGAAGCUCUUGCUUUGAUUCCACUAGGCAGCAUACAGACGGCGUGGGUUGUAACGGCAUGUCCUCCACCAUGAUGGUCACGCAGGACUACAGUGCACUGAAGGAGAACGAGAUCUGCGUCAUCCAGGGAGAGACCGUUCAGAUCCUAGCAACCAAUCAGCAGAACAUGUACCUGGUCUACCGCCCUGCAAACAUCCAAUCACCGGCCGCCGAGGGAUGGGUCCCUGGUCACAUCUUGGGCCCGGCCACUAAAACUCUGAAAGAUAGUGCUGCAGACGCAAGCAUCAAGAAAUCUCUUUCGUGGAACACCCUGCGCUCCAGAAAGCGGGCAGAGAAGGAUAGCUCUGGGGUCAAAGGUGACGCCAAGCUAGAGAACGGACUCCGUAAGCCCAAGGAGAUCCUCAGCACCACCAAGGUGACGGUCAAAGAGUCUCACACCUCAGAGGAGUCUGAUUGUGAUGAUGAUCUAGAGCCCAAACCUAGCAUGGAGUUACUGAAUCCAAAUUUCAUACAAGAAGUGGCUCCUGAGUUCCUGAUCUCUCUAGCUGAUGUAACAUGUGCCUUUGGAGAGACUGUGGUGUUGUGCUGUAAGGUCUGUGGGCGUCCCAAACCCAACAUCACUCUGAAAGGACCCGAUCAGAACCCUGUGGUCAACAGUAGCCGCUUCACCAUAAACAUCCGGGAUACAGGUGACAUCCUGUUAAAGAUCUGUAACCUGAUGCCUCAGGACACGGGCAUCUAUACCUGCGUUGCCGUUAACGACCACGGCUCGGCCUCCUCUUCGGCCUCCAUUAAAGUGCAAGGCAUCCCAGCAGCCCCUGCGCGGCCAGUGGCACAGCAGGCCAGCAGCACAGCGGUGAUCGUCCACUGGCUCCCCCCAGCCAGCUCAGCCAACUGUGCCGUUUCCAGUUACACUGUGGAGUACCGACAGGAAGACUCGCUGAUGUGGCAGCAGUCAGUGGUGUCCACAGCAGAUGUGUGUGUGAAGAUUGAGGAACUUAUCCCUGGGGGGCACUACCAGUUCAGGGUCAGCGCCAGUAAUCCCUGGGGGGUCAGUCCACCCAGCGAGCCGUCCAACAUGGUGACCCUGCCCAGCGGGAAUUCUACUUACGACGGCACAAGUAUCCAGUGGAAAGACAACUUCGAAUCAACGUUCUCUGAAAUUUGUGAGAUUGGACGAGGCAGGUUCUCAGUGGUGAGGAAGUGUCUCAACAAGACCACAAAGAGGGAGGUUGCCGUGAAGUUUGUCAGUAAGAAGAUGCAGAAGAAGGAACAGGUGGCCCACGAGGCAGACAUCCUCCGUCACGUUCAACACCAUCAGCUAGUGGCUCUGCUUGACACUUACGAGACACCAUCCUCCCUCAUGCUAGUGCUAGAGCUGCUUGAGGAUGGGAGGUUGCUGGACUACCUGGUGGCCCAUGAUGAGCUGAUGGAGGAGAAAGUGGCGUUUUUCGUCAAGGAGACGCUCGAGGCUCUCCAGCACCUCCACACCUGCAAAGUGGCACACCUGGAUCUGAAGCCGGAGAACCUCCUUGUGGACCUUCAUGUUCCUGUUCCCUGCGUCAAGCUGGUGGAUUUUGGGGACGCCGUCCAGGUCUCUGCUCAUCGCUACGUCCACCUGCUCCUGGGGAACCCUGAGUUUGCUGCCCCCGAGCUGAUCCAGGGCACGCCCGUCUCCCUGACGACAGACGUGUGGAGUGCAGGGGUGCUGGCCUACGUCAUGCUGAGCGGUGUUUCACCCUUCUUGGACGAGAGCUUGGAGGAGACCUGUGUCAACAUCUGCCGGCUGGACUUCUGCUUCCCUGAGGAAUAUUUCAAGGGUGUGAGCCAGGCAGCCAGAGACUUCAUCAGCUCCACGUUGCAGCAAGACCCGAGGAAACGCCCCAGUGCCACUUCCUGCCUGCAGCAUCCCUGGGUGGGGGCGCACAGCGGCGACUACUCCAAGACCCCUCUGGACACGGGCCGCCUGGCCUCGUUUAUAGACAGACGCAGACAGUUGCAUGACGUCCGGCCUGUCACCAACAUUAAAGGCCUGGUAACCAGCAGUAUGGGACACACGCUUUAAGAGGAUCUCAAUGCCUAGCCUAAUACAGGUGUGGUCUUGAGGCACACAAAUCCAGAUCAGGGAUGCUAGCUAGUUAGCAUCUCAGUAGCCUUCUCACUCAUUCACUUUGCCUGCAAUACGACAUAAAGCCACAGUCUGGAGUCUAGUUUUUCCACACAUCUGAAGUGUCUAACAACACAGCACUGACCUACCUUGACAAAGGCUCGAGAGAGACUUUCUGAAGUCUGUCUCUCAUUGUGUCCGACUAUUAUGAAUGCCAACGUUUAAAAAUAAUUGUUAGGUAACGUUCAAAGAAAGUUCCAUGAAGAACUUAGCGUAACUGUUGAAUGUAAUUUAUUGUUGAAUGUGGUCAACUCUUGAAGUUCUAUAGUUUGUGACAUUAUCAGCAAUUGAUCACUUAAAAUAUGCAUCGAUUGUGCAUCAUCUGUAGAUAAGCUGUGACUGCUAUUUUUCAAAGGUUUCAGAGUGUAAAUUGAAGAUAAAUUGAUAACCUUUUCACCCUAAGAUUUAGUAGUGUGCACUCAGGACAUAAUGUCAUGAUUGAAUCCCUCAUCCAUAAAUGUAUAUCCUCUCUUUUCCAUUAAUUUAAUAAUUGGAAUCUGUUGCACCUCAGACUAGUACAGUUCAGUAGCCAUCACACAGUAGUCUAGAAACGGAAAACCCCAGGCCUUAAACAAACAGUCAUUGUUUGAUGUCAACUAUAAUUUAUUAAUUUAUUCAUAUUAUGUAAUGAGUAUGAGUGUCUUUUCCACAUAGUUGUUUUUAACGUGUAAACCAAACACUAGUUGUCCAUCUGCCAGUGGACUAAUAUGUUUGGCCAUCAUUUAUUGGGUGCAGAAGACAUUCUGUGUAUUACAUUUGGAUCACAGACCGACAACCAAUGAAAUGUCACCACCACUUUGAAGUGUGUUAGUCAAAUUUAUUUAGCUUAUUCAGCCUUAAUUGUAUUUACCCGUAGGCCAAGAUGCAGGAAGUGGAUGGUGUACAUGGUGUAUACCGUAUCACCAAACCUAAGUAUGCUAGCUAGCUAUGUGGUGUAAUCCAACUUCAAACCCAGUUCAGUUGAACAUAUCGCUGGUCUUUCAUUAGUUUCGCUCAACGUCGUUGUGACUAGAUGCCACCUACCUGACAUGUAAAUGCUUGUAAUUAUAUUAACUACCGCAGCAGCAUUGUUCAUUACAUUAGCAGACAUUGUAUCACACGUAUCACAAAAUUGUAUAAAAUGCCUAGCAUCUUUUCUUACUCCAUGUGGGCUGUUUGUUACUGAAUGUUUACGAAUAAAAAGUGCUUGUU